ACAAAUAUAAACACUAAAGGAAACACAAAACAAACAGUUUUGAAUGUAAGGAAUAUUAAACACAAGUAGUAAACUGCACUGUAAGUGAGCUUUUUCAGAGAUGGAAAUCUCUAGUUCGUUGCUGUUGGUCAUAGUCUUGGCCGUUUUGAUGUUGGUGAUGUGGUGGAGGAAGACGAGUGGACUUUCUUUACCCCCGGGGCCGAUGGCACUGCCACUGAUUGGUAACAUACAUUUGAUGGACAACAGGGCACCCUUCAAAAGCUUUACAAAGUGGAGUAAAACAUAUGGUCCUGUGAUGACGGUGUACCUCGGGCCACGGAGAACCGUGGUUCUGGUCGGUUAUGACACAGUGAAAGAGGCUCUAGUGGAUCAUGCAGAUGACUUUGCAUCCAGAGCUCCUAUUCCUUUCCUGUACAGAGUUUUAAAUGGCUAUGGUCUGGUUAUUAGUAAUGGUGAACGUUGGCGUCAACUGAGGCGUUUCACUCUCACCACACUUAGAGAUUUUGGGAUGGGGCGAAAGAGAAUGGAACAGUGGAUUCAAGAAGAGAGCAGACACUUUGUGAAGAGUUUUGAAGAAACCAAAUCUGAACCAUUUGACCCAGCAUUCUUUGUGAGUCGGGCCGUGUCCAAUGUGAUUUGUUCCUUGGUGUUUGGACAGCGAUUUGAAUAUGAAGAUAAAAACUUUUUGCACUUGCUCCAGAUCAUCUCCAGAAUUGUACGCUUUCUCAGCAGCUCUUCAGGUCAGAUGUACAAUGUAUUCCCGCGACUAAUGGACCUCUUACCUGGCCGUCAUCGUGCCAUGUUUAAAGAGGUUGAAGACAUUAAAAACUUUGUUCUGGGUAAGAUCAGUGAGCAUGAACUAAACUUAGACCUCCAAGACCCCCAAGACUUUAUUGAUUGCUUUCUAAUCAAACUUAAACAGGAGAAGGACAAUCUUGACACAGAAUUCCACAAAAAUAACUUGUGGGCGACUGUCGCUAAUCUGUUUCUAGCUGGUACAGAGACCACCAGCACAACGAUCAGAUACGCCCUAAUGCUGCUUAUCAAGCACCCACACAUACAGGUUGCAGUUGAAGUUCAUCUCAAACUGUGUGGCUGGGAAAUGCAGAAGGAGAUUGAUCGAGUUAUCGGACGGCACAGAAUACCUACAAUGGAGGACAGGAAGUCCCUCCCCUUCACUGAUGCUGUGAUUCAUGAAGUUCAGCGAUAUCUAGACAUUGUUCCCCUCAGUGUUCCCCAUUAUGCUACACGUGACAUCACAUUCAGAGGUUAUGUGAUUCCAAAGGACACAGUGAUUAUUCCCUUGUUGCACUCUGUCCUAAGGGAUGAGGGACAGUGGGAUACACCUUGGACAUUUAACCCUGAGCACUUCCUGGAUGCCAAUGGCAAUUUUAAAAAGAGUCCAGCAUUUCUGCCCUUUUCUGCAGGUAAACGCUCUUGUGUGGGAGAGUCUCUGGCUCGUAUGGAGCUAUUUCUGUUCAUUGUGUCUCUCCUUCAGAAGUUCAGCUUCAGUAGUCCAGAAGGUCCAGAUGGCGUAGAUCCAAGUCCUGAACUCAGCGGCUUCGCCAACAUGCCUCGAUACUAUAAGUUAAUUGCCUCCCCACGCUGACCAACAUGAAUAUUGAAGCCUGCCUAACUAUGAAUUUUGUGAGAAAGAGCCUAACCACAAUCAACACUGAACAAGUUGUUUAUCUUUUAAAGCUUUAGUCUUUUAGUCAAAAUUCACAUCCCAUUUUUACCAAUAUUUGUUUAAAUGUUAAUUAAAGCUUAUGUAAACAGUCUGUCAAUAGAGAUGUAUAAUAUAAUAUAUAUGUAUCAUGUUGUAUAAGCUGCUCCAGUCCAGUGGUCUUAGCCCUACCCUACAUCUUAAGUCCCUAACCUGCCUACUAACCUAAUUUUACUGAUCGUAUAACUUCUGCCCUGAAACUGCUGGCCUGAUGCUGCUGGUUGGAAACUGCUGCUGUAUUCUCCUGAAAUAGACCAGAGAGACAGACAAGACAUAUGUUGCAUAAAUGUAUAUAUUAGAACUUGUA